CCCGGGGGAGGAGGUGUUACGUAUAUCCGGCAAGUAGCUGGCGUUCGCGGGUGCUUCUGGGCGCUGUGCGCUGAGGGAGGGUCCAAGCCGCUCGCCACUGCCGGAGGAGUCCCUUGGGCUGCUUAUGGGAAACAGUAGGAAGGUGGUGUUAGGAUCAGUAUUAAUUAAGGUAGUGAGCAUUAAUAAUGUCUUUCAUCUUUGAGUGGAUCUACAAUGGCUUCAGCAGUGUGCUCCAGUUCCUAGGACUCUACAAGAAAUCCGGAAAACUUGUAUUCUUGGGACUGGACAAUGCAGGCAAAACCACUCUUUUACACAUGCUCAAGGAUGACAGAUUGGGCCAACAUGUUCCAACAUUACAUCCCACAUCAGAAGAGCUGACAAUUGCUGGAAUGACUUUUACAACUUUUGAUCUCGGUGGGCAUGAGCAAGCACGUCGGGUUUGGAAAAAUUAUCUCCCAGCAAUUAAUGGGAUUGUCUUUCUGGUGGACUGUGCAGAUCAUCCUCGACUCAUGGAAUCCAAAGUCGAGCUUAAUGCUUUAAUGACCGAUGAAACAAUAUCCAAUGUGCCAAUCCUUAUCUUGGGUAACAAAAUUGACAGAACAGAUGCAAUCAGUGAAGAAAAACUCCGUGAGAUAUUUGGGCUUUAUGGACAGACCACAGGAAAGGGGAAUGUGACCCUGAAGGAGCUGAACGCCCGCCCCAUGGAAGUGUUCAUGUGCAGUGUGCUCAAGAGGCAAGGCUACGGCGAGGGCUUCCGCUGGCUCUCCCAGUAUAUUGACUGAUGUUUGGACAGUGAAAAUAAAAGAGUUUUACUUCUCUGGACUGAUCCUAUUCACAGCUUCCUCAUGAACUUUUCUAAUAGAACAAGGAAAGCUCUCCAACCAUGUCUGGCGUUGAGAAGCCAAGAGUCUCUGUCAGCUCUCUCCUUGCCCAGUGGUGACAUGUGCUCUUCUCCACACUGUUGGGAGGUAACGCUGCCCCACGUGCUGGUGCAGGUCAGCACCCCGGGACUUGGAAGUGGCAGGAUUUGCCAGGUAGAGCUGUGUGCCAUCAUGGGCACUGGAAAGAAAAACACGUCUCACCACUGUGGUUGAUUUCAAAAGAAAGUGAUUCUAUUUUUUAAAGAAAGUGUUGUUAAUGUAAUUGGUGUCCCUCCUAAUAACUUUUUGAGUUCACAAUUAACUUGGUCCAGAGUUUGUUUUCUUGUUUUUUUUAAAUCUAGUGAAUGGCAUUUCGAUACUUCAUAAAAUUAUGCGCAGAUACACAUUGGGGGCUGGCGCUCAGUCAAGUGAACUUACUCCUGCUUGAGUCAGGAGGCUGGUGAGAGAAGCGCCCCUGUCUCUAACGGCCUUUUAGUGGGUGGCACCACCUUGUGUAUGGAGCACUAGGAAGGGCAGAACCCUGGCCUCGCAGUUGAAGUCACUUUCUACUGUGGUGAGCCAGGGUCAUUCCUCAUCCUGGCGUGUACAACAAAUUGUUCACUGCAGAGGAGUUAAUUCUAUGGUGGGUUGUUUUUAUUAUUUUUACUCUUAAAGUUACAGGUUUCAGCCAGUCUUUGCUUUUAUGUGGUUGUGAAUUUCAUUUCUCUCUGUAGCACCUUUUUCAUUUUCAUUUGUAAAAAGUGACUUUCGCCUCAUAAAAGACAACAUCUCCCAUGUUAUCACACAUUGCAGGUGUGUCUCAGUCAUUUUUGCAGAUUCUACGGGAAAUUUUUCUGAACAUGAGAGUCACACAGGACAAAGUUAACAGCUUAAGGGGUCUUAAUUCUGUGAGUUGAGAACUUAAAGGUCUGGUAUUGGAGCAUUUGUUUGAAUCUAGGAAAGAUAUAUGCCAUGGGCUUCAAAAUUUCCAUUUGUAGAAUUUGGUCUCUUUAUUGGACUCUUCUUGAGCUCUUUUUAUUGGCUAUCAAUUUAUUUUUGGUAUUUAAAGGUUAACAUCUGUAGCUUUUCCAGAUUAUUAUUAUUAUUAUUUUCUUGGUGGGGGGAGGGUGUUAUGAAAUUGCCUUUCUCCAGUCCAGAAAUAAUCUGGGGAAGCUAGUCCAAGAACUUUGUGUAGAGCUGUUCCUUUUGAGCCAGCAUCGCUUGUCAGUAAACUCCGGGUAUAAAAGCCUUAGCAUCCACAGUAGUGUAUUGAGGAUUAUUUUUGAGCAUCCCAUUUUCCUGAUGCCAUGUGUGAAACUGGGUUUUCAUGAUCUUAACCAAUAUUCUGCCCUUGUAAAGGAUGAAGGGAUAGGAGAUGGAAGAGAUCUCGUAUUCUCAAAAUGGGAGAAUAUCUUCAUUUUUCCGUGAAUAAAAGAUUAGAGGAUUUUCCUCAAAAACUGAAAAUUGUGAUGGUGAUGCUUAUUUGGAGAGGACUGAACUAAAUUCAGUGGAUUCUUGCUCCUAACAUGAGGGCAGGGAAAGUGGAUAAUAUAUUCCUUGGGUGAGAGAGUAUUGUUGCAUUUCCCAUUGUUAGUCUUUAGUCCUGACCUGUUGGGAAAGCAUACUUUUUCACUGCUCAGUACCAAAUGCAGAAUAAAGCUGGGAAGAACAUGCCUUUCAUUUAUUAGCAAGCAGAGCUGGUUUGGAAAGGGGUUAAAGCCUUAAGUGAGCAAAUCAAGCUAACGACGAAUGAACUAGGUAGUUAACGUGUGUACUUUUAAUUUCCUUUGGCUAAAGGUAACCCAUACUUCUCUGUUCAGAGACAGGAGAGGUAUAAUUGCCUCAGUGUUAGUUUUCCUGUUUUUGUUUUCUAUUUGUCCCUUAAUCACUUUGUAGCAAGCCAGAAAACUAUGGAUUCUAUACAGGGCAGCUCUUUGUGAAAGUGGUUUAUUUUGGCCACUGGAGAAAGAGUUGGGAUUGAAAAAUCAAGUGGUGCCAGUUUAUUUCUUGCCCCACAGAAAACAAAGUUCCUAUAAUAAGGUAGAGGAAAGAAGCUACUGUGAGGAGUUUGGCUUCCUAACAGAUCAAAGCUUUGUACGGGAACUCCAUGAAUUGAAACCUUUCAUUCUGUUUUAUCAGAGUGCAUAUAUGUCCUAUUUCAGGAAAAGUAAAAGUCAUUUACAGAAGAAAGUCAAUCUGUAUCCUAAGUGUUUUAAUAAAAAGUUGAAACAAA